UCAAACACAGAAACACUUCGCUCUUCCAUUCCUCUACCGGAAACAUCUCUGUCAGGGGGCACUGACACAAUGCGGAAGUGAAGCUUUGUCAUUCAUGGAGAAUCGAGAAAGCUGUAUCUGAUACUGACCACGAAUUGUUAGAGAGAUUAAAGGAGAAAGUAUCUCAAAACGAUGCGUCGAGUGAUCUCGAUUUUGGUUCAGCCACGGUGCCUGCUCCUCUUGAUAGUCCUCUCGAUUUUCCUCGUUUUCGCUUUCACCGGUCACAAAAAGUACGCGCCGGAGGAAGAGAAAGCAGAAGAGGUGUAUGAAAUUACUCACAGAGUGUACUUGGAUAUUGAUAUUGAUAAGCAACAUAUAGGUAGAAUUGUCAUUGGACUAUAUGGCCAAGUUGUUCCAAAAACUGCUGAGAACUUUAGGGCUUUGUGCACAGGAGAAAAGGGGACUGGCAAGAAUGGAAAACCUCUCCACUAUAAGGGAAAACCAUUUCAUCGUAUAAUAUCUGGAUUCGUUAUUCAAGGUGGAGAUAUAAUCUAUGGGGAUGGCAGGGGUAGCGAAUCUAUUUACGGCGGGUCUCUUCCCGACGAGAAUUUUAAGAUAAAACAUGCACAUGCAGGUGUUUUAUCAAUGGUGAACUCGGGGCCUGAUUCCAAUGGCUCACAAUUUUUUAUUACAACUGUCAAGGCUAGCUGGUUGGAUGGAGAGCAUGUUGCGUUUGGCAAGGUUAUUCAAGGAAUGGAUACUGUGUAUGCAAUCGAAGGAGGAGCAGGAACCUACAGUGGGAAACCUAGAAAGAAAGUAAUCAUUGCCGACUCUGGAGAGAUACCCAAGAGCAAGUGGGAUGAGGAAAGAUGAAGCUCAUCAUUCAGAGACAGUUUCUUUAUGGAGUUCUCCAACCUCUUUUCUUGUUUUAAAAUAUAGCUAGUCAAUCACUAUUUUAUCCGUUGUAUCAUGUCGUGGACUUUAUACUGUUCAUGAUUUAGAUCCAGUAGUUCUAGUUGUGGAAAUACUGUUGUGUGCUCCACUGCUCUGGAUCUGUUUGUCUGUUAAUAUAAAAAUUGUUCUGUAGUUUAGCAAUCAGAGGAAAAUUUGUGCAAGGAUCUACAUGUUA